UGUCACGGAGUUUAUUGCCUUGUGUACCUUUGUUCAUUAUAUAGCCUAAUUAAUGUUUUCCAUCGGAUUAUAAUAAAACCAAUUGAACAUUGUCUGGAUAUAUCAGAAUCAUGGACACUUUACAUCAUCCUGAAGAAAUUAUAGAAAGAAUAGGAGGUUGUGGGAGGUUUCAAGUGUUUCUUUCAGUAAUGUCCCAUUUAUUGAAAUUGCCUACAGUACUAUCCAUAUACCUCAUGGUAUUCUCGAUAGCAACGCCGAAUUGGAGGUGUGCUGACGCCGAGGAUGAAAGCUCUUCAAUGUCUAUAUUCAAUACUGUCUCUUAUUAUUCAAAUUUUACUAUUGGAAAUCUUACUGAUGAAGUAUCUCUUGAUUCAGACAAUGGCACGAAGUCUUAUAACAAUUUCAAAAAUUGUAAAAAUAGAAAUGGAACGCAGUGUAAAAACGUAGUUUACGAUGGUGAUAUGAAAACAAUUGUGUCUGAGUGGUCAAUGUCAUGUGACUUACCUUGGGUGCCUUCCACUAUUGCCUCAAUUCAAAUGCUUGGUAUUUUCUUUGGAAACCUCGUAAGCGGCCAGUUGGCGGAUAGUUUUGGUCGUAAAUUUCCUUUGUUUGCUUCAUUGCUGUUACUUAUCAUUGCCAACCUCGUUGGAUACUUUUCUUCAUCGUGGCUAAUGUUCGGUGUUGCAAGAGCAUUAUGUGGCAUAGGAAUGGGUACAUACCUGACAGUUCAAUACAGCCUCGUGACGGAAGUAAGCUUGCCAAGAUGGCGACCUUGGAUUGUGGCGUUUCCGACAUGGCCGAUAUUAGCUUGUGGUUUUGCUUUAGUAAGCUACUUAAUGCCCGACUGGAGAAAACUGCACAUACUUGCAACUGUAGCAACUGUUCCGUUUCUCUGUCUAUGGUGGUUUGUUCCUGAGAGUUUCAGAUGGCACCUGUCACAUGAUCGGACACAUAUAGCUAAAGACAUCAUUCAACGUAUAGGAAAGUUCAACAAUCGUGUCGUUUCUGAUGAAACGGUUAUGGAACUUCUGAACACAACUGUAAUUGCUUCACCAUCGGGCGAUAAAAAGAAAUACUCAUUCAUUCAUCUAUUCAAAACUGGCAAACUGGCUAAAAUAACGUGCUUGUCUGCUGUAAAUUGGUUGGCUCUUGGAUUGUUAUCGUAUGGAAUUCAGUACGGCAUACAGGCGUUGUCUGGCAAUUUCUUUCUGAAUUUAUUCCUGUUCAGUAUCAUCACCGUCCCAGCUACCUUCAUAGCUAUAUAUCUCAGUAAUGCAAUUGGACGACGGAAAACUGUUGUUCUGACCUAUACUGUAUCAACUGUUGGGUGUUUGCUAGUUGGAAUUGUUCAGUAUAUAGAUACGGACCUCAGAGACUCGUUGACCAAUGGUUUUGCGUUGUUCGCAAGCCUUGGUAUAGGUAUUGCCUGGGGACCGGUUCAACUAAUGACUCUAGAACUGUAUCCUACUGUUGUCAGAAAUAUUGGUUAUGGAGUUCUGAACACGUUUGCGAGAAUAGGAGCAGUGAUAGGACCUCAGUUGGCUUUUCUGGACACACGUAUACCUGGAGUGAUGUAUUUUAUCUGUUGUGGGGUGAGCGUUUGUUGUAUACUGGCAUCACUGUUUCUUUCUGAGACGAAAGGAGCAGACCUCGACGAUAAGAUAAAACUCAAAAAGGACUAUUCGAAUGAGACAACCUUGAAUUCCAAAUAAAAGCAUAUUUCAAAAUGACAACCUAAAAAUGAACCGAUGAACAUGCUUUUAUGGCGUAUAUGGGUAGCUUUCCUUGUUGGCUUUAUAAACACAUAACAGUAUCAUUAGAUUGAUAAGAAAUCGUUUUUAAUGUGAGAGACUGUGACAUUUGGAAACUGAAAUAAAUAUUUAAGCUGUGA